UCGUCUCCUGCAAACUUGCUGGAGGCAAUGAGGCGACGAAAAACGAGCACCCAGAAGAAAGUUCACAUAAGUGUCAUGCUCGGCUCAAGAGCGAGGCAAUCGCACACGACAACAUUUCCGACGAUGAGCGCAUUUCCUCAUCCGGGGACAUGACUAGUUUAUCGAGGUCAAGAGCGGUUUCUUCGCGCCGAGACCAAGCAAUGGCCGAUUUGUGUGGAGACUGGUGGUCUAGUAUGCGAAGCUCUUCCGUGGCUUCUAGCUCUGAUGAUGAUAGAUCCAAUGAGCCUGCGGACGCCGGCGAGGUCACAGAGGCCUCGUCAUCGAGAACUGAAGUCAGAACCCCUCUUACGCGAACAGUUGGUGUAUUACGAGGACAGAGACCCACUAGUCAACGAAGCACCACAGCUGCACGCGGUAGUGUAUCAUCCCAACCUGGUGAACGAAAUAAUCAUCACACUUCUGACAUUACGACAUCCAUGGAGGGCAUCCAUGGAAACGCUGUUUCAUUGCAAUCGCGACGAUCGCAACGGGCAAGUUCACUGUCGUCGGAAUCGAGUGCAGAUCAGGAAGUCGUUAGACUGCCGGCGCUUAAACGAGUGCCGCUGCCAAAGACUCCAUAUGGGCGCUCCAGGAGGUUGUUGAUCCCGGCUUCCGACAAUCUACCAUUGGUUGCGAUAAGUAUGCGGGCAGACGCCCAGUUCAUCAAUCAUCGGGAUCAAUUUCGUCUCACUCUGAACUCUCUACCUAACCCGGGAGUCCAACAACAUGUGGAAGAUGCAUGUGUCGUGGGUGACACUGUUGUUCUUGGCUUCAAUAGCGGGUCAAGUCAAAUUAGUUUCCUUCCGGUCACUACGAAAGCUCCUCGCAGAGUGAAUUCGCAGCCUUUGCCGCAUGUCAGUUCUCCUCGGAUGUCAAGGUCUUCUGGGGAGGGCGUAAGGUGCCUUGCCGCAAUGAAUGCGGCAGCUGGUUCCGUUGAAUUUUUUACAGGCGGUCAUGACCGACGGAUUUUUAAGUGGAGCGCCGAUGCGCAAUCUCUAGAAGAACCGACUGUCACCAAAAUUAAUAUCUUCCUAGAUUCUGGUGUCUCCGCGAUGGCUUAUCGUCACAACGACAACUCCCUCGUGUCCUCUGACACGAAGAAACUAUAUGUUACGGACCUUACCCGGUCGCACACGCCUAGACCAGCCCAGGUCUCCAACGAUAUCAACCAGAUACAUGUUCACCCCCAAAUACCACACUUAACGCUGCUGGAGGUCCGACAUCUCGAUCAUCAGAUGUCGAUGUUUGACCGCAGGAUGGGUGGCUUCGACAAAGCUCCAUGUUGCACAUUUGGAUAUCGCAAUACUAACGCAAAAUUUCAGCAAUCUUACACGAAAGGCAGCAUCCAUCACACCUUUUUUGUGCGUGGUCAUCAAGAUGGCACUGUUGUCCUCUGGGACUUCCGUAACGUCAAGAAUAUUGUGACAAAGAGACAAAGCCAACUUACUAAGUCGGUUGUGCACACAGUGAUUUCAGAUGGCCACGUUGUGACUUUUGGUGACAGUGUGGUGACGUUUUUGAACGAUUUUUUGCAUAGUUAACCGUUCCUCCGUCCUCUUCGUCACCCUGAGGCGCAAUCUCGUAGAUACCUCACAGAAAUCAGCCUGGCAAACUACGCAUGUUUAUUCUAUUACCAAUGUUUCUGCCAACCGUUUACAGUUUAGAUCUUAAAUCUGCGAAUA